AUUCCAAUUCCAAUUCCCAUCACCACAAACAGUAGUCCUUCCAGUCAGGGCUCUGAAGUCAAUGUCCACCAUUUGUAUCUAUAUAUUUAUGAAAUCUAUCUCUAUUCCACUUUGAUUCCAAUGCCUCUCAUGGCACAGAUGCUGUUCCCCCAAAAUUCCAAAUCCAACCAAUAAUACUCUUCUUUCCUUCCAAGUAUUUGCAUAUGUUCUUCAUGUUUUCAGGGUCCAAACAUAACCAAAAUCAAACCCUCAAAGUCUUGUUUUCCACUAUUUCCUUUCUCUGCAAACAAAACCAAACCCAUCUUGGAGUUGGAGAGAUCAUAAUUUGGAGAAGACCCAUCAAUGGAGAACACAAUAGUUCAAGAAAUUAACAGAAACCCAUCUCCAGUAACCUCUCCAAACAGCAAUGGCAGUAGUGGUGUUGGUCAACAAGUACAAAUCCACACACCAUCAUUGCCUCCAAUACCAAUAUCCAGAUCUCAUGAAACCAAUCCAUACCCAACCACUUUUGUUCAAGCAGACUCAACAAAUUUCAAGCAAGUAGUCCAGCUCCUCACUGGCUCAUCUGAAACAGCCAAACAAGCCUCAAAACCACCCCAAGAUCCCUCACAACCACCACCACCACCACCACAAACAACCAAGAAUUUCAUACCACCCAAGAAGCAAAGUUUCAAACUUUAUGAGAGAAGAAACAGCAACAACAACAGUUUCAAGAGCAAUAGUCUCAUGAUCAACACUUUGAACUUUUUUUCCAACAAUUCAAUGAAUAAUUCUCCUGGGUUUUCUCCAAGGAAGCCAGAGAUCUUGUCUCCAAGCAUACUCGACUUUCCUAAGCUUACACUUAGCCCUGUUACGCCAUUAACAGAGGACCCUUUCAAUAAGUCCUCGUCUUCAGUCGGAAACUACUCUUCUCCAGAAGAAGAGAAGGCAAUUGCAGAAAAAGGGUUUUACUUUCAUCCAUCUCCGAUGUCCACGCCGCGAGACUAUGAACCACAACUUCUGCCAUUGUUUCCGGUGACCUCUCCGCGAGUUUCAGAUGAAUAAGACACAGAGAGAGAGAGAGAAAGGAUUGAAGGGUUUAGAGACAGAGAGAAACAGAGGAGGAUUGAUGGGUUUGUGGAAAAUGUUUUGAACGAGAAAGAGAGAUCCUGGUUUCAAUUGUACAAUUUGAUCUGACCUUCCCUUAUAUCAUGGUAUUGGUAUUUCUUUCUUCCCUUUAUUUGUUCCUAUUAUUGCUCUGUUUUUCUUUUCUUUGGUUGAUUUAAAAUUUCUCUUAACAUAAAUUUAUCUUUGGU